AUGGAGGCAAUUGCAGCUACCAGGGCACUGGAAUUUGCAAGGGAAAUUGGGAUUACUGAUGCCAUUUUGGAAGGAGACUCUUGCCUUGUCCAUCAUGCUUUAACAAGGGGGCUAGCGGUUGGCCAUGUUCGUGGAUUGCAGAGCUUCUCGCUGCCUGAGCUGCCUUGCGACUAUGGUGCUCUGGAGCCAGUGAUUAGCGGAGAGAUCAUGCAACUCCACCAUCAGAAGCACCACCAGACCUACAUCACCAACUACAACAAGGCGCUCGAGCAGCUCGACCAGGCCCUCGCCAAGGCCGAUUCCUCUUCCAUCGUCCAAUUGCAGAGCGCCAUCAAAUUCAACGGCGGAGAGCAAACCAAAAGGGCCGGGGUCAAAAGAGAGUUCGGGAUUUUGCAUCUUCGGAUUGAAUUAAGAGAGGAAGGUAAGGACUAAGGAGCAAGGAGUGUUGAAUGAAAUGAAAUUAUUGGAAGGUAAGGAAGGAUUGGCAGUGGGAGGGCUUAUGGUAAGACUGUGGUUGCUAAAGUACCGUAUCAGUAUGGGUGUUUGAUAGGAUUAAUUAAUAAGGAAUGGUUUUUCAAGAUUGUAUUAACUAUUAAUGC